AUGAGGGUUUGAUUUCACCUGGAACACAUUAUGAUGUCAGCUGUCUGUAGGAGUGUUACACGAUAUUAAUAAACGAUUCAACACAUUAAUCCCUCUGCUGCUAAACACACCGAGUGCUACUGGACAACAGCGCCCCCUAGCCGCAUGUUGGGACGCUGCAUCACGCUUGGAAUAAUAAUAAAAAAAACCUCCAUCAUCCUCCUGAUGCGAGCAUCGAUUCGGCGGAGCAUCCUCCCAAACCUCCCGACACUCAUGACCGCCGAGUAGGGCCGCUGAUAACACACCGAGGGACACCGGGACCGGAAGAUGGCGAAGCACCGCAAAGAACGAGACAGCUGGGGUGAGUGGUCCCUCAGUGAUAAAAAUGUGUACGACUGGAGCUCAGAGGAGGAGGAGCCUGAUGGACGCGCCCGACCUGUGCAGGUGCUGCUGGUCAAAGACGACCACACCUUCGAGCUUGAUGAGGUGGCGCUGAGUCGCAUCCUACUCGCUGAGGAGGUCAGAGACCGCCAGGUGGUCGCCAUCUCUGUGGCCGGAGCUUUCCGCAAGGGCAAGUCCUUCCUCAUGGACUUCAUGCUGCGCUACAUGUACAAACAGGCGUCUGACGGCUGGCUCGGAGACUCAGACGAGCCUCUGACCGGCUUCUCCUGGAGGGGGGGCUCGGAGAGGGAGACCACAGGGAUCCAGAUCUGGAGCGAGGUCUUCCUGGUGGACAAACCAGACGGGAGGAAGGUGGCUGUGCUGCUGAUGGACACACAGGGGACGUUUGACAGCCAAUCGACUCUGAGAGAUUCAGCCACCGUGUUUGCUCUGAGCACCAUGAUCAGCUCCAUGCAGGUGUACAACAUCUCCCAGAACGUCCAAGAGGACGACCUCCAGCACCUGCAGCUUUUCACAGAAUACGGCAGACUGGCCAUGGAGGAGACUUUCCUCAAACCAUUCCAGUCGAUGAUCUUCCUGGUAAGAGAUUGGAGCUUUCCGUACGAGUUCCCGUACGGUCAGGAGGGAGGGAUGAAGUUCCUGGAGAAGAGACUGAAGAUUUCAGAGAACCAGCAUGAGGAGCUGCAGAACGUCCGUAAACACAUCCACUCGUGUUUCACCAACAUAUCCUGUUUCCUGAUGCCUCACCCCGGCCUCAAGGUGGCCACCAACCCGCACUUUGAUGGACGCAUUAAAGAGAUCGACGGAGACUUCCUGAAUAACCUGAAGGUUCUCGUUCCGUGGCUGCUCAGCCCUGGAAGCAUCGACGUGAAGGAGAUCAACGGCAGCGAGAUCACCUGCAGAGGUCUGCUGGAGUACUUCAAGGCAUACAUUAAGAUCUAUCAGGGCGAGGAGCUGCCUCAUCCAAAGUCCAUGCUGCAGGCCACGGCGGAGGCCAAUAACUUGGCAGCUGUAGCGGCGGCGAAGGAUCUGUACAAUAAGAAGAUGGAGGAGGUGUGUGGGGGGGACCGGCCCUUCCUGGCCCCCAGCGAGCUGCAGGCCCGUCACGGCGCCAUCAGGGAGGAGGCGCUGCAGGUGUUUCGGGGCGUGAAGAAAAUGGGAGGCGAGGAGUUCAGCCGGCGUUACCUGCAGCAGCUGGAGGGAGAGAUCGACGAGGUGUUCGUCCAGUACAUCAAGCACAACGACUCCAAGAACAUUUUCCACGCCGCACGCACGCCGGCCACGCUGUUCGUGGUCAUCUUUGUCAUGUACGUGGCGGCAGGCAUCACAGGCUUUGUGGGCGUGGACAUCAUCGCCAGUCUGUGUAACAUGAUCCUGGGUCUGGCUCUGAUCACACUCUGCACCUGGGCCUACAUCCGCUACUCCGGGGAGUACCGAGAGCUCGGCGCCGUCAUCGACCAGGUGGCCGGAGCGCUUUGGGACCAGGGGAGCACUAACGAGGCGCUCUACAAGCUCUAUAAUGUAGCAGCCAAUCACAGGCACCUGUACCACCACGCCUUCCCUGGGCCUCAGGUAGAGGAGGAGGCCGAGGAGGAGGACAGGAAGAGGGAUUGAUUGGAGCAGGGACUUCAUGUUGAUGGACAGGAGGAGGAGGAGCUUCGUCUCCCAUCAGGCACUCUGUUUUUCUGGCCCACCAUACAUCCUCUGCUUUAACCCCUCGAACAGACUGUAUAAUGUUCAUGAUGAGGUCACAGCGCCCCCUGUGGUGCAGCCUGAGUUCACUGGAUGGCCGGUGUUCUUGUCUGUGAACAUAUAUAGUUAAGGUGUACAGACGCCACGCUGAUCCGUCAGCUUCAUAUUACACGGUUUAUGUCUCAUCACUCCAGAUGCUUUUAAACUAGAGUGUGACCCCCUCCACCUGUGACAGUGGUUCUGUUCUUUACAAUUUAGUGCUCUUUAUAGGAAACAAAAUGUAAGACCUGAUGUCUGAAAGCCUCAAUGUGUCAUGUCAGUGUUUCAGCCUCCUCAGCAUGAUAAAUGGUUAUCUGUCAUCUUUGAGCUCUUAAAGCAGCUUUACUUUAUAAAACUGGAGUUUAAUGGUUGUGACAAAGUGUUUCUGUGCCAUCACAUUCACACACAUGCAGCUUCAUGCAGACGCCGCCUGCCGAAGUGCUUUUGCAAUGCAGACGCCCGCCGACAUUCAGACGCCUGCCUGCCGACACAUGGACACCUUCCUGCAAAUGACUGCCUGCAGACAUGCAGACAUACCUGUCUGCAGACGCCUGCCUGCAGACGCCUGCCUGCAGACAUGCAGACAUACCUGCCUGCAGACAUACCUGCCUGCAGACUAACCUGCCUGCAGACGCCUGCCUGCAGACAUGCAGACAUACCUGCCUGCAGACAUGCAGACAUACCUGCCUGCAGACGCCUGCCUGCAGACAUGCAGACAUGCAGACAUACCUGCCUGCAGACGCCUGCCUGCAGACAUGCAGACAUACCUGCCUGCAGACGCCUGCCUGCAGACAGGCAGACAUACCUGCCUGCAGACGCCUGCCUGCAGACAGGCAGACAUACCUGCCUGCAGACGCCUGCCUGCAGACAUGCAGACAUGCAGACAUACCUGCCUGCAGACGCCUGCCUGCAGACAUGCAGACAUACCUGCCUGCAGACGCCUGCCUGCAGACACGCCUACUCAAAUGCAGACGCCUGCCGACACGAGUUAGUAUUUUUGUUCCUUUGACUUCAGGGAGUUUUUUAAUGCACACAUUGAUCGCUCCACUUCAAUAGACAAAAACAAAGUAGUUCGUAUGGAGACCAGAACUUUAUGAUAUUCACAUUUUUAUUAGCGGACGUAAAGAAGAAACAAACUGCAAACUUUAUUAUUCAGUUGUAUUUUUAAUAAACACAAAGUCAGAUCUGUACAUGAUGA